AUGCAAACAAAUCGUUCAUUAAUCGAUCGUUUACAAUUACUUUCAUCAACAUUAUCAUCACAAUUAAUUUAUACAAAUGAACGUGAACGUGUAAGACGUCGUCUUAAUGAAAUAAUACGUCGAUCGACACAACUUGAACAAGAUUUAAUGAAUGAAGAAGAAAAUAUGGAAGAAAUGAAAAAUCUUACAGAAUUAUAUCAUUAUAUUAAUAUAAAUUGUGAACAAUGGUUAAAACAAACACGAAUAUUAAUUAAUGAUUUAACUAAUAGAAGAAAUGUUGAAACAUUUGAUAAACUUAUUCCAAAAGGAAAAAAUAUUUUAUUUGAAUAUCAAACUUCUUUAGAAGAUUUACAACGAUUAACAAAUAGACUUAAUCGAUUAGUUCAAACAAAUCGAACACCAGAAGCUUCACAAAAACUAUAUAAAAAACAAUCAAUAGAUUAAAUUGAAUUAGAUAAACGAAAACAAAUUAUAAAUUCAUUAAUAGAUGAUUAUCCACAAAUUGUUCAAUUUAUAUCAAUACCAAUAGAACAAUUAAUUGGAAAUAUUCAACGAAUAAAAACAAAUCGAACUCGAAAACAAGAAGUAAAUUCUUCAAAAAUCAAAUUAUGUUAA